AUGCCCGCAGAAUCCAGACCUGGCCUGCCUUCUCGCCAAUUGAGCACCACGAGCGGCGACUUUUCCUCGUCACAUUCGCAAGAUGCCCGCAAAUACCUGGGCACCUAUGGCCUCACCCCGCCAGCUGUAGAGAGCUUCGAAACACAGUCGCAGCGAUGCCUCCGCCUCCUAGCAAUGAAGCCAACGCCCAUUGAGAAGUUCCAAUAUCUCGUCCACCUCAAGGCCACCAACGUCCACCUGUUCUACAGGCUCUUGUCAGAAAACAUCAAGGAAUUGACCCCCCUCAUCUACACCCCCACCGUCGGCGAGGCCUGCGUACGAUGGCACGAAAUCUGGACACAACCCGAGGGCAUGUACCUCUCGUGGAACGACCGUGGCAACCUCCGCCAGAUUCUCGAUAACUGGCCUCACAACGUUGACAUCACCGUCCUCACCGACGGCUCCCGUAUUCUCGGUCUGGGAGAUCUAGGCGUGAACGGCAUGGGCAUUCCUGUGGGCAAGCUGUCUCUGUACACUGCCUGCGCUGGUAUCAACCCAGACGCAACACUCCCCCUCUGCUUGGAUUUGGGUACCAACAACCAGGCUCUGCGUGAGGACCCUCUAUACAUGGGCUCUCGCAUGCCAAAGGUCACCCCAGAGCAGGAGUGCGAGUUCUUGGACGAGCUCAUGGAGGCUCUGACCGACAAAUGGCCAAGCAUCGUCAUCCAAUUCGAGGACUUCAAGAACCCCUUCCCCGCCAUUGAACGCUACCAAAACAAAUACACCAUGUUCAACGAUGAUGUCCAGGGUACUGGCGCUGUCAUUGUGGGUGGCUUCAUCAACGCUGUCAAGGCAUCUGGCGUUCCCGUCAAAGAUCACAAAGCCAUCUUCCUUGGUGCUGGCAGCGCUGGUACCGGUGUUGCCAGGCAGAUUGUCGAGUUCUUCAUCAAGGAGGGCUUGACCGAGGACGAGGCUCGCCGAAAGUUUUGGUUCGUCGACUCAAACGGUCUCGUUACCCAGGAUCGUGGCGAUAAGUUGGCGGAUCACAAAGUCUACUUUGCCCGGGACGACAAUAAUGGUCGCCAAUACCAGUCGCUCGCUCGCUUGAUUGACUUUGUGCAACCCACCAUCCUCAUGGGUCUUUCCACGAUUGGUGGUGCCUUCACAACGGAGAUUCUGCAGAAGAUGGCCAAGCUGAACGACCGGCCUAUCAUCUUCCCUCUCUCCAACCCCUCUAGCAAGUCUGAGUGCACUUUCGAGGAGGCUGUUGUCAACACAGAAGGCCGCUGUCUCUUCGCUUCCGGCUCUCCAUUUCCAUCCAUGGAGUGGGAUGGCAAGCUUCUCACGCCUGGCCAGGGAAACAACAUGUACGUGUUUCCCGGUAUCGGUCUUGGUGCCAUCAUCUCCAAGGCCGUUUCGGUGACUCAGGACAUGAUUUACGCUUCUGCGGAAUCGCUGUCAACCUCCCUUAACGAGCAGGAAAUUGCAGAUGGCUGGCUAUAUCCCGACAUCCGUCGCAUUCGUGAAGUGUCCGUUGUCGUGACACGGGGCGUCAUCCGCGCAGCCCAAAGGAACGGCGUCGACCGUGCUACCGAGUUGCGAAAUCUGUCUGAUGAGCAGCUUGACGUGCACAUCAAGAAGAACAUGUACAACCCAUACGCUGAGCGCGAGUACUUUGGCAACAAGGUCUCCAACCUUGUCGCCGACCACAGCAGCACCCAGACCAACGGCAUCAGCGAGAUUUCAACUGGUGUCGCACACUUGUAG